UUGGUUCCGUAGUGGGCGGCUGGCAGCCGUUACCCGGUGCGGUGACCAGACAGGAGUGGGCUCCUCUCCCCGGGAGCCGCCGCGCCAGCGCCCGGAGGGACGCCUCAAAGUCUAGCGCGAGGGCGCAGUCGUCUGGCUGCAGACCCGGGAGGUGGAGGCCGCCAGUCUCCAGCAGACCCUCCCUCUCUGGCCCUUCAGGAUGCGGAGCCGACCCGCCGCCUCCCUCGUUUCCAGGCGCGGACGGUACCGACGAGCCUGGCCUCACUCCCUCUUUCCCGCGCGGGUGUUGAAGGGGCGGAGGUGGGGAGCCCGGCGGCUGCCUGAGGGAAGGGCCGGUCGGUGCUCCCAGCCGCCCCCUGGGACCGCGGGGGACCCUCCCCUCCGUCCUGUCUCCGCGGCAGCCCGUUCCGGGCCCUCCCGAGGGCGCACCGACGGCGUGGGCAAGGGCACCAGGGUGCGCACCGCUGCCGUCUGGGUCCCACCCCUGCAGGAACGAGACAGUUCAGGCACUAGGAUCAGAAAGCGCCAAGGUCAGGAACCCAUUGUGGGUCUGAGGACCCCUGACCAGAGGCCUCUUCCUGGAAGACCCCAGCAGAGGCCCAAGAGCCACAGAACAGAGCAGGCCCUCGAGUUGCUGUUUAUUUCCCAGGAACAGCGGAAAACCACAAAGUCCCAGAGACGGUUGUCGUUCAUGGAUGUGUGUGUGCACUUUACCUGGGAAGAGAUGCAGCUGCUGGACCCUGCUCAGAAGCACCUGUACAGGAGUGUGAUGCUGGAGAACUACAGCAACCUGGUGUCUCUGGGGUAUCAGCCCACCAAACCUGAUAUCAUCUUCCGGUUGGAGCAAGAAGAGCUGCGUGCGAUGCAGGGCCGCGGAUCAAGUAAAGGCCGUCCAGCUCAUUAUACAGGAUACAAUCUCAAGAUACCUAGGAUGAAGCAGGAUGAUUCACAGAAGGAAAAAGAAAACUUGGAUAAAGAAAGAAUUUCAGAUAAUUGCUAAAGGAUGUCCCGUAAAUCUGAGAAAUACCAUGAAUAUAUAUUUUGUCAUUGAUGUUCCGCUGAAGAUACAAAGUAAGAAUAAGCAUCUAAGGGAAAGUCUACAUUCAAUUUACUAUUACCCAGGGUCACUUAGAAUGUAAGUUACUGUAUUGUGUGAUGUAAAUCCACAUUCAACCAAGAAGAUGGUAAUCCAAUACUGUGGGAAAGGAUAGUACUGGAUUUUGUUUGAAGCUUAAAAACAAUGGAAAACUUACCAGACAAAUGAAACUUCACAAUGAUUCAGUGUACAACCAUUAAACAAAAUGGAAUUUCUGUUAAAAAAUCUAA